AGAAAUCAAGUCAAUAGAAACUGAAGUGGAAGCAGGCGUUUAGAGCUCCGUGGUGACGUCACUGGUCCACACUGAGCCAGUAGUAGAGAGGCAGUGGAGAUAGAGAGAGGAGCGCUGUAGUAAAGGACGCACCGACAUGAACUUCUCCCUCUCUGCUCAAUAACACGGGACACACUACCUGCGUGUUUUUCUGCCACGAAGGGAACUUGUUGUUUAUCAUCUUUUCAAGGAAACUCGGAGGAAGGCGGAGAAGAAGACACAUUUUGGGCUUAUUUUCGGGGGUCGACGACGAGUGAAAUGUCGUCCGCGGCGGUCGCUGCUUCUUCCAGGAGGCAGUCGUGUUAUUUAUGCGACCUGCCCCGCAUGCCGUGGGCCAUGAUCUGGGAUUUUACCGAGCCCGUGUGCAGGGGAUGUGUGAACUACGAGGGAGCGGACCGGAUCGAAUUCGUCAUCGAGACGGCCCGGCAGCUGAAGAGGGCGCACGGCUUCCAGGAGGGCAGGUCUCCCGGUCCGGGGAAGGCGCAGCUCUCCGGGAAGGAGAUCCAGGCGAUCAACCACGCUGCGGCGGGAGACCCGGGAUCCCGGCCGCCGCAGCCUCUGGACCGAUACCCGCUCUCCUCGGACCGCCCGCCCAGACUCGGACCAGAGUACCCGUCUGGCAGACAGGCGAACGGCAUCCCCGUCCCCAACGGAUUUCCUAAACCCGACGAGCCUCCGGAGCUGAACCGCCAGAGCCCCAACCCGCGCAGGAAUAGCACGGUGCCCCCCAAUCUAGUGCCUUUGGUUAACGGGAGCAUGCCCCCGGUGCACGCCGUCAACGGCAGACCGGGACAGAUGGGGCUUCCCUCCUCUCUGGCGGCUGGUAGUCCCGCAGACAUGGGCAAGAGACCCGCCUCGGUGUCCAGCAGCGAGCACGACCGGGAGGGGAAGGAGAAGCACCGGGCGGACAGUCUCACACCGGAGAUCUCCGAGAGCCACAAAAACCGGGCAGACGCGGACUGGAUGGGCAAAGGAAAGACCGUGAGGGACCUGAUGGCUCUGCACACCUUCGACAACAGGUUCAAGAAAGACCAUGCGGCCAUGCAACAAAGAGUGAUGGGAUAUGAACCGAGCGCCGCCGCCUCCAAGUCAGACCGAGGGAAACACCCCCGCAGCAUGAAGAGGAAAGCGUCGCCUGAGCCUGAGGGAGAGGGGACGGCCGCCAAGCUCAACGGAGAGGGACAGCAGUGGUUACCCCCUCCUAAUGACGGACUCAAAAUGCCUCCGGUGCCCCCGUCGAGCUUCGCGUCCCCCCCCUCCACGAUAUCCCCCCACUCCCGCACCACCCCACCUGAGGCGGCGCAGAACGGCCAGUCCCCCAUGGCCGCCCUCAUCAUGGCGGCGGACAAUGCAGGUGGGAACAGCUCCCCCAAGGACGCCAACCAGGUCCACUCCACCACCCGCAGGAACAGCAGCAGCCCGCUGUCGCCGUCCUCCAUGAACCAGAGGAGGCUGGCGCAGCGGGAGGCGUCCGGGGCGGGCACCCCCCACGUGCCGGGCAUGGACCAGGUGCACCCACAAAGCAUUCCGGACUCCUCGGUACCCCGCAGCAUACCGCUCUGCUGCACGCUCUGCCACGAGC